CAUCAUCUAAACGUCCCCCCCCCUCACCACCACCACCACCACCACCCUCUGGCUGGGCGAAACUUAUUUUUUGCAAGGCAGUGUUUCCGGGCGGCUGAAGUGAGGGCAGGCACUCGUCCACCGUCGCCAUCCCCAUCCUCAACCAUGACGGACAGGAAAGCCGUGAUCAAGAACGCCGACAUGUCCGAGGACAUGCAGCAGGACGCCGUGGACUGUGCCACCCAGGCCAUGGAGAAGUACAACAUAGAGAAGGACAUCGCGGCUUACAUCAAGAAGGAGUUUGACAAGAAGUACAACCCCACCUGGCACUGCAUCGUCGGGAGGAACUUCGGCAGCUACGUCACCCACGAGACAAAGCAUUUCAUUUACUUCUACUUGGGCCAAGUGGCCAUCUUGCUCUUCAAGUCUGGCUGAGAAGUUUCUUAUGGGUGUUUAGGAGUUUUUCUCCCCGAGCCUAAAGAGGAAAUGCACUGGUGGCUGAUGUCUCCCAUACACUAAUAAUGACAUACCAUAACGAUGCAAAACCGGCCGUGCGCAAUUGCAUGGACUAUACACUAUUUAAUAUGUAUGUUACAGUAAGUUUACUUUUUGAUAGUCGCCAUUUGAAGGCAACUGAAGUAGUUUUUGUUGAUGCUGUUAAAUUAUAGGUUGUAAAAGAUUUCAACUUGGCCCCUUGAUUGUAUGACAAAGGAAAGCUGUAGAAUGUAGUGGUGCAUCUGCUUUCCCUCACAAGUGGCACUGCCAGGCCCUGUUAAGAGACUCCGUCUCUCGGUUUAGAUGGUAAAAUCAUACUGCGUGCAAGUGUUUUAACAAUUAAUUAUCAAGAUUUUAACCUGUGAUCAUGAAAAGAGGUUAAUGGGGCAAAACUGUCAGGCGCUAUUCACAUGGCGAGUUGGUGACUUCCCAGCGAGAACAUUAACGUUAACCCGGCAGCAUGAGUACCAUUUAUUACGGCUGUCUUACUAAUUUAAAGGAAUUAUGUUGUCUGGAGAUGCAUAUACAAAAACUUUUAUUAUUUUCAAUUUGGAUUUAAAGCAAAUCCCCAACAGAAGUGAAUUUUUUUAGCAGCAGCUUUCAGAAAAGAUGUCACAACAUCCAACACGUGACAUUUUGGAACCAACACGAGCCACUGCAAGCAUUUCCAGGGAUGUUUUGUUUGUUUAAAUUUUCACUGUGAAGAAUGACAGAGUAAAUAAAGCUCACGUACACAGACCUUAGCCUGUAAUGUCUCUACAGACCGGUUACGAAAAUCUCCCAACUCACCUACAUAGAUUUCAGUCUUAUAAUCCUGUGUUUCUGCAUGUUUGGAGGAUAAUAACCACAAUUUCUUUAACUGUCAGACACAAACAAAAGCUCAUCUUGGAAGCUAAAUAAUGCAAAUUAUUUAGCUCUCACUUUUUUUAGCUUUCACUUUUUGACUAUGUAGAUAUUGGACUGAGCCGAUGUGUGUCCUGUCCCAGUAAUUGCUCUAAAGCAGCGUUUAGGAAGGUGAUUUAGAUAGAAAACAUCUUCAGUCAACUCUACCAAGGCUACCAACACCCCUGUGUUUCAGAUGAGUGUGUCGUCUUAUGUGGCUUGUGAUUCUUUCAAGUUGCAUUAUCCCCAACCUUUAUUUCUGCAUUGCCAGUGUACUGCCAGACCUACAAGAAAGACAAAGCAUGUGGUGUUGGGACUUCCUGAAUCAACCGCAAGAAGGUAUAACUCUUGUCUAGAACACUGUUUUGGGGUUUUCAUUUUUUUAUGUCAGUAUAAUUAGUUUGAAAUGGCAAUGCACAGUGUCUGGAUGUUGAUGAAAUGUGUACAUUGGGAGGGCAGAUUGGAGAGAUUUAGUCCAUGGAAUUGGAUAACACCACACAUUUCUCGCUGCGGGUUUAAUCAGUUGCUCUCCCCCAUAUUCCAGCUAUGGGUGAAAUGUGUAUCUCUCAAGUGUUAGCUUGGAUUGUUUUUAAGGGAUGUCUUCCUAACUAUUGUUAACGUAACCUGAUUUAGUAUUGUUUUCCUCUGGCAUGUGUUUUUGCUGUGUAUAUGUAGGAGCCGUUCCAAUGCUGUUAAAUUUGCACAAAACGUGUGCCUGUCAUUGCUCUCAACUGUAACCGGCUUGAGUACAAUUGCACUUCAUUAAAAUUAUCCAGUAGGUUGCUACAGAACCAAAAUCGUAUAAACGCGAUAAAA